AUGUUGACCACCGCUUCGGUGCGCACUCACAACCCUGAAGCAUUGCUGUCCUUUACUACCAAUGUAGCAGCGUCGAUUCUUUUAUGUUCACAAACAAACCAACAUGCGAAAUCCCACUGGGCUCAACGAAAGCUUCCAAACUUGAAAUCUUUCGUCGAUACCCUAUUUAAAAAAAUGCAGCUUCCACUAGCAGUAUGCCUGGUAGAUCUGAUUUAUCUCUCUAGACUCAAAUGUCAACUGCCAGAUCAUGCCCGUGGGAAUAUCGAUACACCUCAUCGAUUGUUUUUGGCUUCCAUCCUCACGGCUUCCAAGUUUAUGAAUGACCCAGAAAAUGCUUUAACCAAUCAACAAUUAUCAGAAAUGACAGAUGGUCUUUAUACGGUCUCGGAUAUCAAUCAAAUGGAACGUACAUUUCUUGCUCUGGUCCAUUUCAGAUUGUUUGUAGAUGACAAAGAUCUAAGAUCAUUUCUGGUGAAGCAUGGCGAACUACUAAAAGUAGACCUUGUAGAGGAACAAUCAUCCUACUAUUAA